AUGCGUGCGCUCACCAUAGCCGCCGCCCGGUUCGGUCCCCGCUCUGGCUGCUCGCUCCCCCUGCGCGCUGCAUCUCCUGCUGCUGCCGCACUUGCCCUGCUGCCUCGGGCUGCGUCCAAGCUCGUCGCCCGCGUCGUCCCGCUGCCCCGCGCUCUGGCCGCGCCUGGCCUUGCCCUCCUCGCCGCUGCUCCGCCCGGUCACCGCGACCGCGCCCCGCCCGGCGUGUCACCUCGCGCGCUCGCGCCCGUGCUGUGGCCGGCUGCUGCGUUGCUGCUGCUCCACGGCGGCCCCGCACGGCGAUCGCCGCUUGCCUCGCCUCCGCCCGUCGUGGCCCUCGUGCCCCGCUGCGCCAACCCCCGCCAUGGCCACGGCGACGCCCCGCCCCGGGCAGGGGCUACAGGCGCCCGUCGCCCGUGCCCGCUGCCCACUCUUCCGCCGCCGUUUGCUGUUCAGGAUGCUGGAUUGCCUGUCGGCAGAUAUGGGAAUUUGCCCCUCGUCCCCGAGCACGAAGUGAUUCAGGUUGUUUGA